AUGUCUGACGCCGCCGUUGUUGAAGCCACCGCAUCUCCAGUCGCCGCUGUUGAGAAAAAGGCACCUAAGAAAGCCGCUGCCAAGGCAAAGAAACCCUCUGCUGCCCCAAGCCAUCCACCAACCCAACAAAUGGUCGAUGCUGCCAUCAAAACAUUGAAAGAACGUGGUGGUUCCUCAUUGCCUGCCAUCAAGAAAUACUUGGCCAGCACAUACAAAGUUGAUGCUGUAAAAUUGGCCCCAUUCAUCAAGAAGUACUUGAAGAGCGCUGUUGCUAGUGGAAAAUUGAUCCAAACUAAAGGUAAGGGUGCCUCCGGUUCAUUCAAAUUGUCCCCAUCUGCCUCGAAGGAACCUAAAGCAAAGAGCGCUGAAAAGAAGAAGAAGGCCCCAGCCGGUGAUAAGAAAAAGAAGGCAGCAGCACCCAAAAAGGCAGCCGGUGAAAAGAAAGCCGCUGCAAAGAAGCCUUCCGCUGCUAAAAAGACCGCCGAGAAGAAGAAGACCGAAAAGGCCAAGGCUAAAACUGCCAAAAAGACAGGUACAGUUAAAGCUAAACCCGCAAAAACAGCCGCCAAAGCAUCAGCCACUAAACCAAAGGCACCCAAGGCAAAAACCACCGCUGCCAAGCCCAAAAAGGCUGCCGCAGCAAAGAAGCCAGCUGCCAAGAAGACCGCCAGAUUUUGCUAA